CUAUAUUUCAACAAAAAUAAAAUAAAAUUAUACAUUCAUCUUUCGUUACAUAAAUACAACUUAGAUGAUAAAAGACUGUAAAGACAUUUGAUAUGUUAGAGUGUAAGUUCGAACUUGCAACACCUUUUAUUCGACCUUUUGGUUUUUUAACAAUACUAUUCUCUAAUCUUGUAACUUCUAUUUGGAUGAAGGGAAUCAAAAACAUGAAACAAAAUUAGUUAAAGAUAGUCCAAUUCAACUACCACCUACCUUCUUUCAUUUUCCCAAAUAAAUCACAACACACCAACUCCACCAUGAAUAGUAAAAGCUAAGAAACUAACAAAACAAAACAUAUUUUUAAAAAAGAAGAAAAAAGAAAGAGUCACAAUCUUCCAAGUUUGGAGUUUGUAGGGUCAAGUUAGGAAGAAGAAGGGACAAGACAAGAGUCUAUGAAGACAAAACAUAACAACAAAAACAAAGGAGAAAUCUAAAGUCACUUUAAUUUUUCUUCUCCUUCUAUCACCUUUAUAAAGAAAAAAUCUUCACAAAAAUCAUUCAUCACCAACAACUACAACUCAAAAAAAAUAGACACAUUAACACAUUAGAUACAAUAAUUUUUCUCUUUUCUCUUACAUUUAUUAUACAAAAAAAAAGUAUCAUCUAUAAUUGCCAUAUAAUCAUCAAUGUUGCUAAGAAGCUCUAUUACAAGCACUAAGAAGUUCUUCCAAAAAACACUAAAGAAUUUCAAGUCAUUCUUCUCUUCUGAGUACCAAAGGCUUCCAAAAAGCACUUCUCCUCAUAAUCACUUAUCUUAUUAUGUGGCUGCAAAACAUGUCAUGAACAUGGACAAAGGUGAAUCAUCAUCAUCAUCUUCAACAAAGCAAAAACAAGAACAUGAAAACAACAAAAACAAUGAGAAGAGAUUGACCCUUCAAAGAGGAAAACAAAAAGAUUCAAAAUUUAUUGAUGUAGAUAUGAAAGAAAGAAGAAAUUGUUUUGUGGAAGAAAAGUUGAAAGAAUUGGAGAUGUUGGAUAUGGACAAUGUUGAUUAUGUGAUGGAUAUUGAAGAAGUUCUUCAUUACUAUUCAAGACUUACUUGUCCUGUUUAUGUUGAAAUUGUUGAUAAAUUCUUCAUGGAAAUGUACUCGGAAUUGUUUGUACUCUAGGCCGAAGAUUCAUGGUUUUAAAUUGCAGGUGUUGUCGCGUUUGCACACACAAACUUUCGUAUUUUCAUAUCGUAGGAAAAUACAAUUAACGCAGUCUAAAUUGUAGUUGCGGACAACAAUUUAAAAUAAAAUCAUUGAGAUGCGAAUAAGAAUGAUUUUGAUUUUUUUUCUUCAUGUUUGUUAACUUGUUAAUUAGUCUCUUAGAUUGUUUUAACAUUUUUCUUUGAGUUUAUUUCUCAUUGUUCAUUGACUUGUGUUUAUGGAUAAUAAUAAUAACUAAUAGAUGCUUGUGUUGGUGUGUCAAAACCAUUCAUAUUUAUGUAUUGUUCAAUUAUUUCAUUGAUCAGUGUUUGAAUUUGGAUGUACAGCUAGAAAAUGUUGAGAUU